AGAAAACUUUCAGUGCAGUCAGACCGUUUUCUGCUUAAUCAGUGUGGCACAGUGAGGCACAGACAUUCGCUGUCUAGGUGUUGAGGGAAAGCUGAGAGGAUGAAGGCUCUAAAUCCCCAGUGGAAGCAUGAUAUGGCGGCGCAGAGCUGGUGCUGAAUUCUCCUCUCUGAUGGCUCUAUGGGAGUGGAUAGUACUGAGUCUUCAUUGCUGGAUUUUAGCGGUUGCUGCUGUCUCUGACCAGCAUGCCACAAGCCCCUUCGACUGGCUCCUUUCUGAUAAGGGACCCUUCCAUCGUUCACAGGAGUAUACAGAUUUUGUGGACAGAAGCCGACAGGGAUUUAGCACAAGAUACAAGAUAUACAGGGAAUUUGGCCGUUGGAAGGUAAAUAAUCUUGCAGUUGAGAGAAGAAAUUUUCUUGGCUCUCCUUUGCCUCUUGCUCCUGAAUUCUUCCGCAACAUAAGGCUUUUGGGACGACGACCUACUCUUCAGCAAAUCACAGAAAACCUUAUCAAGAAAUAUGGGACUCAUUUCUUGCUAUCUGCUACUCUGGGAGGAGAGGAGUCACUCACAAUUUUUGUGGACAAGCGGAAGCUGAGUAAAAGAUCUGAAGGAAGUGACACAAGCACUAAUAGUUCGUCUGUCACUCUGGAGACACUCCAUCAGUUAGCUGCUUCCUAUUUUAUUGACAGGGACAGCACUCUUCGCAGACUUCACCACAUCCAGAUUGCAUCCACUGCCAUCAAGGUGACAGAAACCCGGACGGGUCCUCUUGGCUGCAGUAACUAUGACAACCUAGAUUCUGUCAGCUCUGUUCUGGUUCAGAGUCCUGAGAAUAAAAUUCAGUUGCAAGGGCUUCAAGUUCUCCUUCCUGACUAUCUUCAGGAGCGCUUUGUGCAGGCAGCAUUGAGCUACAUUGCCUGUAAUUCAGAGGGGGAGUUUAUUUGCAAGGAUAAUGACUGCUGGUGCCACUGUGGUCCAAAGUUUCCAGAAUGCAACUGCCCCUCCAUGGACAUUCAAGCCAUGGAAGAGAAUCUUCUUCGGAUAACGGAAACAUGGAAAGCCUACAACAGUGACUUUGAAGAUUCAG